UUGAUGAUCGGAGUAGUGAGAGGAGGAGGAGGAGGAAGAUCGCGAAGAUGAUGACGGUUCACGGCGAGGCCAGGCCGGCUAGGGCUCAGUUCGGUGUCGAAUCGUUUAAGCCUGAGCCGUCCUCGCUCAGCUUGGUGUCGUUCAAGCCUCCUGAGAAUCAUGAAGUGGAUGAGGAUGCGCAUUUGGCACUUGCUCACCAAAUGUACAAGGCCGGCAACUAUAAGGAGGCGCUGGAGCAUAGCAGUAUUGUGUAUGAGAGGAAUCCGAUUCGAACCGAUAAUCUCCUUCUUUUGGGAGCAAUAUAUUAUCAGUUGCAUGAAUUUGAUAUGUGUAUUGCCAAAAAUGAAGAAGCGCUUCGAAUUGAGCCACAUUUUGCGGAGUGUUAUGGUAACAUGGCCAAUGCUUGGAAGGAAAAAGGCAAUAGUGACCUUGCAAUCCGCUACUAUUUGAUUGCUAUUGAGCUUCGACCCAAUUUCUGUGAUGCAUGGUCAAACUUAGCUAGUGCGUACAUGCGGAAAGGCAGGCUUGAAGAGGCAGCCCAGUGCUGUCGUCAGGCACUUCAACUGAAUCCCCAUUUGGUUGACGCCCAUAGCAACCUUGGUAAUUUAAUGAAAGCACGAGGCUUGGUACAAGAAGCAUACAGUUGCUACCUUGAGGCUCUCCGUAUACAACCAAACUUUGCUAUUGCUUGGUCAAAUCUUGCUGGCCUUUUCAUGGAGUCUGGUGAUCUUAAUAGAGCUCUGCAGUAUUAUAAGGAGGCUGUGAAACUCAAACCUGCUUUUCCGGAUGCGUAUCUCAACCUUGGGAAUGUUUAUAAGGCUUUGGGAUUGCCCCAAGAGGCAAUUGUGUGUUAUCAGCGUGCACUGCAGACAAGACCUAAUUAUGCCAUGGCUUACGGUAAUCUGGCCAGUACGUAUUAUGAGCAAGGUCAACUGGAAUUGGCAGUCUUACAUUACAAGCAAGCCAUUGUUUGUGAUCCAAGAUUUUUGGAGGCUUACAAUAAUUUGGGUAAUGCUUUGAAAGACGUUGGCAGAGUGGACGAAGCAAUUCAAUGCUACAAUCAAUGCCUCACUUUACAACCUAAUCAUCCACAAGCACUUACCAACCUUGGGAAUAUUUAUAUGGAAUGGAACAUGGUACCUGCUGCUGCUUCUUACUAUAAGGCCACGUUGACUGUGACAACUGGGUUGUCUGCUCCUUUCAAUAAUCUUGCUAUUAUCUAUAAACAACAGGGAAAUUACGCAGAUGCGAUUUCAUGCUACAAUGAGGUUCUGCGCAUUGAUCCCUUGGCAGCUGAUGGGCUUGUCAACAGGGGUAACACUUACAAGGAGAUUGGUAGAGUUAGUGAGGCAAUUCAGGAUUACAUACAUGCAAUAUCUGUACGGCCAACAAUGGCUGAAGCUCAUGCAAACUUGGCUUCAGCUUACAAGGAUAGUGGACAUGUGGAGGCUGCUAUCAAGAGCUAUAAACAGGCAUUACAUCUUCGACCGGACUUUCCAGAGGCAACCUGUAACCUUUUACAUACGUUACAGUGUGUGUGCAGUUGGGAGGACCGUGACAAAAUGUUUGCGGAAGUUGAAGGGAUUAUCAGGAGGCAGAUCAAUAUGUCUCUCUUGCCUAGUGUGCAACCUUUCCAUGCAAUAGCAUAUCCUAUUGAUUCAUUGCUUGCGCUUGAUAUUAGUCGUAAGUAUGCUGCACAGUGCUCCAUAAUUGCAUCCCGGUUUGGAUUGCCUGCCUUCAACCAUCCUGCUCCCAUCCCUAUAAAGCGUAAUGGUGGAUUCGAGAGGCUCAGAGUUGGAUAUGUAAGCAGUGACUUUGGUAACCACCCAUUGUCACAUCUUAUGGGAUCUGUUUUUGGGAUGCACAACAAGGAGAAUGUUGAGGUUUUCUGUUAUGCCUUGAGUCCGAAUGAUGGAACGGAAUGGAGACAGCGUACCCAGUCUGAAGCCGAGCACUUUGUUGAUGUCUCAGCCAUGACAUCUGAUGUGAUUGCCAAAAUGAUUAAUGAGGACAACAUCCAGAUUUUAAUCAAUCUUAAUGGUUAUACAAAGGGGGCAAGAAAUGAAAUAUUUGCUAUGCAGCCUGCACCUAUUCAGGUUUCAUAUAUGGGGUUCCCUGGAACCACUGGGGCCAAUUAUAUUGAUUACUUGGUCACCGAUGAGUUUGUCUCACCUUUACGCUACUCACAUAUUUACUCUGAGAAGCUUGUUCAUCUUCCACAUUGCUACUUUGUGAAUGACUAUAAGCAGAAAAAUCAGGAUGUAUUGGAUCCAAAUUGUCGGCACAGAAGAUUAGAUUAUGGUCUCCCAGAGGAUAAAUUUAUAUUUGCGACCUUCAAUCAGUUGUACAAAAUGGACCCUGAAAUCUUUAAUACUUGGUGCAAUAUUCUUAAACGUGUACCCAACAGUGCACUCUGGCUCCUCAGAUUCCCAGCAGCAGGCGAAAUGAGACUCCGUGCAUAUGCUGCUGCUCAAGGAGUGCAGGCAGACCAAAUUAUUUUUACAGAUGUUGCUAUGAAAGGUGAACAUAUCAGGCGCAGUGCUUUGGCAGAUUUGUUCCUUGACACGCCUUUAUGCAAUGCACAUACUACCGGAACAGAUGUUCUAUGGGCAGGUCUACCAAUGGUGACCCUUCCCCUUGAGAAGAUGGCCACCAGGGUUGCUGGAUCUUUGUGUCUCGCCACUGGACUGGGGGAUGAGAUGAUAGUUAACAGUAUGAAAGAGUAUGAAGAGAAGGCUGUAUCUCUGGCAUUGAAUCCCCCAAAGCUCCAGGCACUUACUAACAAGCUCAAGGCAGUCCGAAUGACUUGCCCUCUGUUUGACACAGCACGCUGGGUGAGGAAUCUGGAAAGGUCUUAUUUCAAAAUGUGGAAUCUGCAUUGCUCGGGCCAGCGUCCCCAGCAUUUUAAAGUUGCUGAGAAUGAUUCGGAUUUCCCCUAUGAUAGGUAGAGAGAGAAAUUAGACGGGAUUGUAGAUAGAAAUAGGAGAGACAUAUUAGGAAGGUCACUUCUAUGCUCCAAGAGAUUCUUAAGCUUUGAAGUGAUGCUCUUUUCAUCUUUCUAGUUAAAAGAAGCAUCUCGCCCGCCUCUUUAAUAUCUCGUGAUUCUCGUACGUGCCUUUAACAAUGGAGAUAAAAUUAUUGUCCAUUAUAUUUGCCAGAAGAUGGAAGUUUUAUCUGUUGAUGCUACGGUUCCGUAUUUGAUCUUUGGCGUUAAACACCAACUGCCCGUGUAACAUUAUUGUAGUGUUAAUGCAAUGGUUCAGCUGCUUUUCUGU